CAUGCUAUCCGCCGUCUCUCUCUGCUUUUUGUGUGUGUGUGUGUGUGUGUGUGUGUCGUGUGUCCUGUCAGGAGACAGUGCCUGUCAUUUCUUUGAUGCGCUCAUUGGUGUGUUCCUAUAACGUGUCACAAUUUUUGGUGGAUUACCCCAGUUCUGUGGAGCAUCAUUAGGUGUUGAAGUACCACUCACGCUCUUUCAUCCUUGUCUUCGAGGUAUCCACUUGCAGGAACAAGGUCCCUCUGACUGGAACAGUUCAGGAACUGAAUGAAUGCAAAUCGAUCAGCAUCCAAAGCAACUCGGGGAACAACUUUUUCAAACAUGCUCUCUUUAAUAUUAUCGGAUCUUAAACUUGCGCCUGCUUCUAAAAUGCAUAGUAUCCAUGUGUCUAGAGAGCCCGCCAACAUGCUAUUUUCUUCUUUCACAUUUCUAAUGUUUUCAUUGAUGACGUCUCUGCUGGUGAAGGGACUGGAGACUGCGACCACCGCAGGGACCACGUCUGGCUGCGCGUCUUGUGGCAUUCCGCCGAUGGAGAAGGAUUCGGAGCAGAGGCUCCUGGUUGAGAUCGCCAAGCAACAGAUCUUGAACAAGCUGCACCUGAAAGAGAGACCGAACAUCACCUCGACUGUGCCCAGCGCUGCGCUUAUCACCGCUCUCCGCAAACUGCACGCGGGGCGAGUCAGACCGGACGGCACCAUUGAACUUGAAAUGAAGAUGAAUGAUUCAAAAGAUCAGGGAUAUGAAAUAGUGAGUUUCGCAGAAAUGGAUGAGAUGGACACUACUGGUGCUCAGCCACGCCUCACCUUCCAGUUCCUGCAGGAGCAAGGCCACAGCAUUCAGGUGCUCCAGUCAGCCCUGUGGCUGUACGUCCACUCCUCUGACGCCCCUAAAUCGGGGUCCCGCCCCACCAUCACAGCCCACAUCUACCUCUCCGGGCCUGGGGGAAGCUGCUCUAACCGCACCCUCCUCCUAGAGAAGAUCCUGGAUGUGCAGAAGAGCAACUGGUACACCUUCCCCAUUACACACACCCUGCAAGCGUUCAUGGACGGGGGCCAGCGGCUGCUACAGCUGGAAGUCACCUGCGCAGAGACCGGGGUAGCCAGGGAGAAUGGCGUUAGCCAGAACCUGUGUGAGCUGGGUAAGACCGUGGACAUGGCCCACCAGCCGUUCAUGGUGGCCCAGGUGCGGCUCCGCGAGGACCCCGAACACAUCCUCCAGAAGAGGUCCCUGCAGUGCGGAGAUGAUGUUACGGUCUGCUGCAAGAAGGACUUCUACGUGAAGUUCAAGGAUAUCCAGUGGCAGGAUUGGAUAAUAGCUCCAGAAGGGUACCACAUGAAUUACUGUAUGGGCCAGUGUCCCCAGGCCCUGGCUGGGUCUCCAGGCAUCGCGUCUUCCUUCCACGCUACAGUCUUCAGCCAGCUCAAAGCCAAUGGCAUCAAUACAGCAGUGUCUUCCUGCUGUGUGCCCAUCCAGCGCAGGCCUCUGUCUAUGGUCUACUUCAACUCACAGCACAGCAUCGUCAAGACCGACGUCCCUGACAUGAUCGUAGAGUCCUGCGGCUGUACGUAAAGAAAUGGAAGAAAGAGAAAGACGAGACAUUCAGCUAGUUAUGCUUUUAGUCUGAGAAGACAAGAUUGAACGUGUCACACAUGCACAGACAGAUGCAAACACAUACAUACAUACAUACAUACAUACAUACAUACAUACAUACAUACAUACAUACAUACAUACAUACAUACAUACAUACAUACAUACAUACAUACAUACAUACAUACAUACAUACAUACAUACAUACAUACAUACAUACAUACAUACAUACAUACAUACAUACAUACAUACAUACAUACAUACAUACUUCACGAUCAUGUAGUAUAGAAUUUAAGAUAUUCCGUCUUCAUCAAUUCGAUAGAGGGUUUUUGAAUGCCAAUGGGGAAUAAUACUGCGUGCUCAAAGGGGUUUGUUCAGUCAAUUGGUCAUACACAGAUAGCACAUGACAGAAAGAGGAGAGAGAUUCAUGUAUCACCUUCAUUCCUUUUUUAAUUUACUGUAAAACUAUGAGCUGUUAUUAUUGUAUUUCCUUUUAUACUUAGUUUCUUUUGUAUUACUGGUGAGCGUGAGGUGAGCUAAGACAGUAAGAUUUAUGCAGUCAGUGCCUGGACCUAAGGGAAAUGGAGUAGAGCUUACUCUUUUUCUUUGUUUCUAAUAAGAUGUGUGUUGCAUAGACAAUUUUCACACAUAUCCCACGUACAUAUCCGACUGAGAGUGCCCAUCAUAAUAUAGUGCCAUUGUAUACACUAGUAUAAAAGUAUAAAAAUCUUAAGUUGAAAGUUGUCUAACUCCUUCUAGUCCAUUACAAGUAUAGGUACAUACAUUGCAGAGCAUUUUGGACUUCCCCACUGUUUUGUCAUUUAGAAGGCAAAUCUGAAUUCUAAACUGUCUUGAGAGCCAUAGAGGAGCUACGUUCUCGAGACUCCUGCAAUUCUGAUGAUUUAUACAACACAAGACAGCAGUAAAAGCUUUCAAAAAAUCUCACUCCUGGGAAACCACCCAGACAGGAGCAGAUAUCUGAUGUGGAUAGGUUAAAAAUGGUUUCAUCAGCAUCUGCACUGUAUUAUUUGCUCAGAUAGUCAGUUAGGCAACAGUCUGGCUUUGACGGCAUGAACUCAAGGUUAUUACUCAGCUGUACAAGCAAACAUUUAGCUAUUGCCACAGUGUCAGGGAACGUGAAGGUCCAUGAAGCACACAGGUCAACAAGCAUGUGCAUGUUCCAAGGCACAUUGGAGUUUGCAUUUUCCAAAAUCUAAAGUUUAGGGCUGAUGUAAAUUAGAUUAAUCCAUUCAAGCAAAUGAAGUAUCUGUCUAUCUUUGUUUUCGUGCUAUAAUGUUUACACUAAAUGGGUAUAAUGUGUGUUUAUGAUAAGUUUAAAGCUGAAACCUCUUUGCUGCUUUGUUACUGGUGUGCAUCUUGUGUGUGGUUGGCAGUAACCGUGUAUACUGUACUGUAGACUUUCCUACCCUACCCUGGACUAUGGUUCAAAAGUCCCCAUAUUGCAUUGCAGUAUGAUAUGCUAGCAUGGCCCUCAGGAUCCUAUAGCAAACACAUCCUGGUUACCUUGCUCUUUAGAACGUUAGAAUAAUAGAACAUUAUAUUGUUUUUCUGCAAGCACUUCCUGUCCUAGAGCUUAAUGUAUGUCACAUUGAGGAGCCAUCCUUCCAUAGGGAACACGUACUGCAGUCUGGAAUGUACCAUGAUGAUAACUAAUACCGUUGAUUGUGAAAACCAAAAAGUGAACGUUUUUCCAAACAGAAAGCGUCAUAACUUUCAUGAUUGGCAAUGAUUGCUUCAUGAGCACUUUAUCGGCUUACUGUAUAUUUAUGAGAUUCUGCAACAGGUAGUUCUCUACUGCCAUUUCCUGUUUUUGGUACUCAGUCACUGCAUGUUUAGAACAAUGAUAAUGGCCAAAAUAUUGUUAUCAGGUUAUUUUCGUAAGCCCUUGCUUUUAUGUACAGUAUGUGUGGCCCUUGAUAUAACUUCAUAUUGUAUCUGUUGUAAACAGAAUUUCUCUAUACUGUAACUGGAUAAUGACACCAGCAUUUUGAUUGAAUAUCAAUUCCAGUAGAUUCUAUUGUCUUUUUAUAUUACAUGAUAUUUUGAAUAAUUUGUAUUAAUAAACCUUAUUUUUUAUGUGUCUAUUGUACUGUAUUCCAUAAUUCUAUUGAACAUGUAU